CAUUCUUGCAGCUUUUCCAUUCUCUAUAUGUAUAUCCUUUAACUGUGAGCUUGAGUUGGAAAAAGAAUCUAUUCGUAAGAGUUGAGCUAAGAAAGGAUGAUGCAGAUGUUUGUAGACGACCUUCAGAGGCAAUGUAUCCAAGGGAACCUGGUUUAUCACUUCAGAAGUGGGCUCACAUGCAAGUUGCUGUUGGUGCUCGGGUGGCCUACUACCAUGAUGAAAUUAAAGUUUCUCUCCCUGCUGUUUGGACACCAUUGCAUCACCUUCUAUUCACUUUCUUCCAUGUUGAUCUUCAAAUGAAACUAGAAGCUCCAAAAUCAUUCUGUUCUUUUACUUGGCAGGUAGUAAUUGGAUAUGCAGCACUUCCAGUAUCCACCCAUGCACAGUAUGCAACUGCCCUUAUGUUUGUCAUCUUUUGUUUUGUUUCUUUCCUUGAAUGAUUUAUUAACUUACAUUAUUUGUUCUGCUACUGGAGUGAUUGGUAUGGUAGUUCAUGGUAUUGGAAACAAACAGGGGUCAGAAAUAUAAUCACCUAUUCGGU